UUUACGCAGGCGCAGUGCGGCCGGGCACCGGUACAGCGGAGGGCAGGGGCCCGGCGGGCGGGUGCGCGUUCCCGGCGGGCGGGAAGCGACGCGCGCGCCAUGGAACAGCGGUUAGCCGAGUUUCGGGCGGCCAGGAAACGGGCCGGGCUGGCUGCCGAACCUAACACUUCGAGCCCGAGUGCACAAACCUCAGGAGAGAAGGCGCAAGCAGCUGCGACUCCAAAGGCAGCCCCAGGCUGGCUAAAACGGUUCCAAGUGUGGAAACCGAGGCGCGCGAGUGCCCGGGCCCAGUCCAGCCUCGCUCAGGAAGUGGCUCAGCCCGGGAGCAGCACAUCACAGCCACCACAGAAUACAGCCAUUCCUCUGCCAUCGCCACGGGACCAGUCUUUCCUGACCAACAUCACCUUCUUGAAGGUUCUUCUUUGGUUGGUCCUGCUGGGACUGUUUGUGGAACUGGAAUUUGGCCUGGCCUAUUUUGUCCUCUCCUUGUUCUACUGGAUGUAUGUCGGGACACGAGGCCCUGAAGAGAGGAGAGAGGGAGAGAAGAGUGCCUACUCUGUAUUCAACCCAGGCUGCGAAGCCAUUCAGGGCACCCUGACUGCAGAGCAGUUGGAACGCGAGUUACAGUUUAGACCCCUGGAGGGGAGAUAGGACCAACUCUCUUGUUAUGCAGCUAGCCUCCCAUGUGGUCCUCCUAGCCCUUGGACGUGGGCUUGUGGGUUUGAUUUCAGGUGCCCAAGACUAAGGACAGCUUGCAGGUUAGUUCUGUGACUGUGAAGUUCUACAUUCUUUCCCCGAUCUUUGCUGCAGUUUUAUCUCUGAACUUUUCUUUGGUUUUGGUGAAACCCCCUGAAAGACACUCACUAUGGAUCUGAUGCAAUUUAUAAAACUUACAUACUCAGGAAAGAAAGCUGUUUGUCUCAUUAUUUGAGAAAGGUGGUUUUCAGAGCAUUAGAAGGGCGUUGAGGAGAUAACUUUAAAAUACCCAGCUGUUUGAAGGAAUGGUGAGGUACAUCAGGACUGUAUAUUAAAUAAGUGUUCUCUUAAGUCAUUUCAUAUUUAGAGCAUUCCCCACCCCCCGGAAAGUUUAAGUUUCGGUUUUUGUUUUUUCGGGUUUUUGUUGUUGUUGAUGUUGUUUGUUUUUUCAUUGUUUUGUGGUUUUUGUUUUUUCCUUCCUGCGUUAAAUCUUGCUUUUUUCGGUCAUUAAAGGUAUUGAAAAAUAAAAUAUCUUCAAAGCAUCUGCUUUUCAGAAACAUCCCCGUUGCCCAUCACCAAAUUCCACUCUCCUCAGUUAUUCUGCUCCCACUCAAUGAGGGGAGAUAAGACAGAGUCCUAAGUCACAGGUGUGGGGAGGGAUUUCACAAAGUCAAUAUUGGUAGAUUUGGUAAGUGGUUAUUCAUGAUAAAUUCAGCAAGAAAAAAAUUCUUGAGUGUAUUCACAUAAGAGCUGUGGAAGUUGAACUCCAGACUUACUGGCUGCUCCGUGUGGUUCUCAUAUUCUGAGGGCUCUAGAGUAAGCAGUCCUGUCGCCUGUGGCCUCUGGUGAGAAAUUAUGUAAACAGUGGUAACCAGACAUGAUUUCAGUCGCCCUUCCUUUUCUAAUACAAAGUUAGAGUUUGGGUUCAUUAAAACUGGGCAAAGCAAACCAUUAAAUAUCUUUUUCAUGGAUAAUACUGAUAAGUAAGAAGAGUCUGGUUUUAAAGCAAUGGUUUUUUUUCUAACCUUAAGAUUUUAAGAAAUUAAUGAUUCCUCAAUAGGUUUUCAACUUCAGAAUUCAGUUAUUCUUAUAUUAUGACAUUUUAAUAUUUAUGAGAUGUUAUUAAAUAAUGGAUGCUUGUUGCUGAAUUCUUUUUUCAUUCUUGCCUGAUUUGCUUAUUAUAACAAAACCUUAGCUUAAUUUAAAUUUAACUUUUACUUAUUGAGUGCCAACACUCUGGUAGGCACUUGAGAUAGGAUAAUGAAAAAAGCAGACAUAUUCUCAUUGCUCUGAGUAUACAGUCCAGCUGGGAGUGGGGUGGUGGACAAGGUAAAACAAGCAAUAUCAAUAAUAGAGUGAGAUGGGGGUGCCUUGCUGGCUCAGUUGGAAGGGCAUGUGACUCCUGAUCUCGGGGUCAUGAGUUCGAGCCCCAUGUUGGGCAUUGAGAUUACUUAAACUAAAUAAACAAUUAAAAAAUAAUAGAGUGAGAUAAGUUUCAGUUAUAGGAGGAGUACGGAGGGGAUAUUCUCAGGAAUCACACUUUGUGGCUAACUAACCCAUGUGUUUCAGCCCUUGUUGAACAUUUUUCUCAUCUGCUGAGCAUCUCUCUCCAGCCCUUUCCUGAUUGGGAGUUUAGCUGUUUUUCAGAGUUAUCUCUUAAGCACAAGUUCCCUUUAGUUCAUAAAGAAGUCUUUUCUUCCAUGACUUCUAACUGGGCCUCUAGAAAGUGUGGGAAACAGCAGAAUCCCUAUGAAACAGGCAAGUUUUGAUUGUAUUUAAGAUACAUGAUACUGUUUCCUGAUUUACUGUCUUAAGGCUUUCUUCAUUUCCCUGAUAUUUUACUUGGGCUUUUACAUUUCAUAAAAGACAGAUACAAGGAAGAAAUAUCCCUGACUCACUACAAUGCCCAGUUCAAUAAGCAUUGUUCUAGGAAAGAAUUUUCAUUUUAAAAAUAUGUAAUUCAGACUUUUACCUAAAACAAAGUGCCUGUAACUCUGAAUUGGGAACAUUUGAUCCAAUUAGCAAUCUCAGCAAAGUGGAGACUUUGCUUAAGCAUAGCAGAGACCCAACUUAGGAGUGGACCUCCCUAGCAUUCUUUGAAAAUGUAGCUAUUUAUAAUGAGGUGGAGCUUGAUUGCUGUAAGCCCAUCUUUCAUGAGAUUUUCUGUGCACGGAUCUGUUAACUCUCCUUGCUCACCUCUUGCCAAAGGUUGCAUGUAAUGACAGCAUUAACUUCUAGGAAAAGUGGUGUGUGAACCAAUUAAAUGCAUGGCAGGGAAGAGAGGAAAGGACAGUAUGUAUUUGCUGUUCUUAUCAGACCAUUAAGCUUUAGGUGCAGUCUUGAUUUCGUGAAUUUAGAAAGGCCUAUUGAUCUCAGAAUUUCCACUCAGGGCUCAAGCAUUAGCUCAGCAAGCAGCUUCCAUUAAAGGCUGCCUCUGUCACCAGGGAACUUGAAAUCCCAGAGAUGCAUUCAGUCCCAGUGAUUGCUAUGUGCACGGGUGA